AUUUAAUAUUCCCGCUAUAAACUCUGGUGCUUUUUCUUUUCCACUGAAAACAUCACUGGUUACUAGAAAUGAUUCGUUCUUUUUACACCAGACUUUGUUGAAAUUUGGUGGAUUUUCAGGAAUCUUUUUACAUCGUUGUGAAUUAAUUUAAUUUUAUAGAUUUGAAGUAAGCAAAUUGUUUAUAAAAUGCCACCAAAGUUUGAUCCUACUGAAGUUAAAUACGUUUACCUAAGAUGUGUUGGAGGAGAAGUAGGUGCAACAUCAUCUUUGGCACCUAAAAUUGGUCCACUUGGUUUGUCUCCAAAAAAAAUUGGUGAUGAUAUUGCCAAAGGAACUGCUGAUUGGAAAGGUCUCAAAAUCACCGUUCAGCUGAAAAUUCAAAAUCGUCAAGCAGCCAUUUCCGUCGUGCCUUCCGCAGCAUCUCUUAUCAUAAGAGCUCUUAAAGAACCACCACAAACCUACAUCCCCCCGUUCAUCCAGUGUCCCUCCUGUCUGAGGUUCGGCCAUUCAGCAAAAAUCUGUAAAAGUAAACCCAGGUGCAGAAAAUGCGGUAACGAAGACCACAUAAGAGAUGAAUGUCAAAAUACACCAAAAUGUACAUCCUGCGGUAAAGACCACAUGGCAACGUCGAAAACAUGCGAGGAAUACAUACGACAAAAAAGUAUCAAUGAUUACCUAGCCAGAAACCAGGUCUCAUUCUUCGAGCCGCAACAAAUUUUCCCUUCAAAAAAACCCGCACCUAAUCAAGAACAGUUCUUGUAUUGGAGUUGA